AUGCCGCUGCGGGUGGUAGGGCGCCGGGCGCUGGCGCUGGUGCGGGCGGUGCUGGCGGCGCUGUGCGGGCGGCUGGAUGCGCUGUGCUGGAGCCUGCUGUCCCACUUCCUGCCCCUGCUCGGCUGGAGCUGGAGCCCGACCCUCAGCACCGCCGCCCCCACCGCGGGCGGCCGAUGGGAGGAGUGGGAAGCCGAGACCCCGACGCCCACCAGCGUUAAUUAUCACUUCACGCGGCAGUGCAACUACAAGUGCGGCUUCUGCUUCCACACGGCCAAGACCUCCUUUGUGCUGCCCCUGGAGGAGGCUAAGCGGGGUCUGAAGAUGCUCAAGGAGGCAGGAAUGGAGAAAAUAAAUUUCUCAGGAGGAGAACCGUUUCUUCAGGACAGAGGUGAAUUCGUGGGCAAGCUGGUCCACUUUUGCAAGCAGGAGUUGAAGCUACCAAGUGUCAGCAUCGUUAGCAACGGCAGCUUGAUUAGAGAACAGUGGUUCAAGAAGUAUGGUGAAUAUUUAGACAUUCUGGCAAUUUCCUGCGACAGUUUUGAGGAGGAGGUCAAUGCUUUGAUUGGCCGUGGUCAGGGGAAGAAGAACCAUGUGGAAAACCUGCAGAGGCUGAGACGGUGGUGCCGAGAGUACUCUGUGGCAUUCAAAAUCAACUCAGUCAUCAACAGGUUUAAUGUUGAGGAAGACAUGAAUGAGGAGAUCAAGGCCCUCAACCCUGUGCGCUGGAAGGUGUUCCAGUGCUUGCUCAUUGAAGGGGAGAACUGUGGUGAGGAUGCCCUGAGAGAAGCAGAGAAAUUUGUUAUCAGUGAUGAGGAAUUUGAACAGUUCCUGGCUCGCCACAAAGACAUCUCCUGUUUGGUACCUGAAUCUAAUCAGAAGAUGAAGGACUCCUACCUGAUUCUGGAUGAAUAUAUGCGUUUCCUAAACUGUAGAAAUGGACGGAAAGAGCCUUCCAGGUCCAUCCUGGACGUUGGUGUGGAAGCAGCUAUCAAAUACAGUGGGUUUGAUGAGAAGAUGUUCCUAAAGAGAGGAGGAAAGUAUGUGUGGAGUAAAGCAGACAUGAAACUGGACUGGUAA